CAGUAAUAGUUGGUCUUAAUUUGGUCUUUUAUGUUCUCACAUUUAUACUCAAAUGAACGAAAAACAAAUCAGAGCUUUUUGCGACAGCUUGGAGCCGUCGUUGCCGUAUCUCGAAGGUGAGAAGCAACGCGUAUUCUCUCUUCCCAGAUCCAUUGACGGAGAAAGCCACCUGAAAAAGAUGGCUUACACCAGCGCAAAACAAUACUCACAAAACACAUACUCUCUUGUCUUAUUUAAAGUUCCGGAAACUUCGAGCAUCAUCGCAACCGCUCUUGCUGAAGAUACAACACUGAGAAAAGACCAUAUUGUGAAUUUAUGUCUCGACUUAGGAAAAGGCAAGAUGAAUGUUUUCAUCGAAGUAAAUCAAAACAUCGAAAAGCAGGAUGACUCAAAGAUUAGCGAAAUAACUCAAAAUCAUCAGAACCGAAUCAAAAUCAUCGGAAAUAUUAUGGUUAAAAACGAUUUGUUAGACCGGGUCCUUGUUGAGAUUAACGGAUCAAGGCCGGAAAAGAUCAUAAAUUUACCGAAAUUGCGGAAAAUGGUUGAGGAUAUUAGACAAACAUGUCGCGAAUGCGGAAUUGCUGUUAUGAUGAGGGAUGAAAAACAAAGCGAUGUCCAAGCUGACUUCAGACCAAUGCUAAAAAAACUAAAAACGAGUUUGAAUUGGGAAAGAGUUGAGAAAUUUACGUGUCUAGCCAAUCAAUUGGCUGAAAGUUGCAACUUUCACUUUCAGCUGUUCGAACUACAAAACAUUUACGUUAAAAACUCUUGGAAAGACAAAGAUGAAAACGGGGCUAAUUUAAGAGACUUUGAAAAAAUAGAAGAGUUUUUCCAGCGCAUAUUUCACAGCUCAAGCAGCGGAGAAAAGGAACUAUUCAUGUUUGCACCAAAAAAGGAAGACAUUUUCCGGCUAACGACUUUGCAAAUGGCUGGUAAAACGGGACUCACUGGUUACAACACAGUACCGGUAAUCGAAGAGGGGUCCAAGCCACAGAAAAAGACUAAAGUCUCGGAGAAACUACGUCAAAUUUCGAAUCAUUGCAGUAGACUAAAACAGAUGGUGUUGGCCAUUCUAGAAGGUUCCAAUGUUUUCGAGAGCUUUUCGAAAAAGAGCCUAGCAGAAAAGAAACAAUGGUUGGAAAAUUUUGUGAAAAAACAUAUGUGCUUCAUUCUCAUCACAACCAACAUAUCUCGCGAAGAAUGGAGCAUUCAGCUGCAAACAGAGGCUGUUAAAAAUGAGCUUGCUUCAAAGACGAACGAAGCAUUGAACAACUGCUUCUUAAUGGCCAGCGACAGCUGCAAUGCCGAAGACAAAACACAUAAAGAAAAUUGGGUGAACAAAUUGAUGAAAAACGAAGAAAACUCGCAAGAAGUUUUUCUGGAAAAUUCUAAGAAAACAUUGCUGAGAGAUUUGUUAUGUGAGCGAGCCGAGCCCAUUUCAUCUUUCUCCGAUGACGGCAAGGAAAUGAUGCAAGCUCUUAAAUACCUUGGGACUAUUUUGGUGUCGGCGCACAUGUUUCAGUAUCAUCGUGGAGCCCUCAUUCCCACAGUGCUUCCCAGUUUGUCUUCCCAGCAGAGGAAAAUUGCAGAUUGUGUUCGCAACUCGAUCAACGGGAGGCGGGCCUGUCGCCAGAUCCUGAUGGGAGAGGGUGGGACUGGAAAGACACACUGCUGCAUAGAGAUCAGUCGCAUGUGUCUGCAUGAGUUAAAAUUCAACAGGGUCAUCUACGCUGUGCCCGAUCAGAAGGCGGUACUGCAGCAACACGUGCAACACAUCAUGCUGGACAGUUUGGACUACGAAAAUGGCGCCGAAUUUGUCUCUUGCAAGCUGAAUUCGGUGGAAGAUUACUUCCCCCGACACAGACCAAUCAACAGUCUCUAUGCUCUCAUUGUAGACGAGUGUGUAGUCUCCAGCAGAGACGAAUUGCAGAAAGUUCUUAAACCUGUGUACGGAAUGCUGCCUCUAUUCGAUGUGGUCAUAAUAUGCAUGUCCAUUCUGGGUCAGCUGGAGUGCAGCACUGUCUACUUUGACCACAACACACUAGAAGGCUUUCACAGAAGAGUUGUGACAGUUGGUUGGAGAAGCACGCACAAGAUAGCCAUUUUCAACAGCUACUACCUCCACACAGCCACAAGGAAACACACAUGUGGAACCAGCUGCAGUGUCAUUUCACCAGACUACAAAUCCGAUGAAGAUGUCAAACUCUACUUUUGCUCAGACGGCUCAAGAGAAACUUCCCAGAAAAGCAUCAAGGAGCAAGUGACCGAAUGGCGGAAAAAGUACCAAACUGCCGCGGAUUGUGCUAUCAUCGCUUUCAAGCAUGAAUCUUUCUCCUAUAAAUUCAAUGAAGAUCAACUUAAAUGUGAAAAACGGCAGGAAGAGUUGGCAUUCCUGAGCAGAUUUGAUGAAAGCUUAGUCGACCUAAAGUUCACUGGGUUUGAAAAGCCGCACGUACUGGUGAUUCUUCUCACAGAUGAAAACAUAAAACAAUUUUCAAUAUCAGAAGCGACAUCAUUACUUGCCGCAACAACGAGAGCACAACAGUCGUUGUCAAUCAUCGUGAUGUCGAAUGAGUUGAAAAAAUAUUUGGAAGGUGUAUCUCAAAAGUCAAAAUUUGAGCAUCUUUUGCUAUCUCCAUUUGACAGUCGUGGUGGAAAUAGAGUAACCGAAGCAGUCAGCGAUGAAAACAUUGCCGAUCGAAUUGCCAUAUUAGUACAACAAGAAGACGUCGAAUCCAUAAAGAAGUUAUUGAGCGAGAUUCAUAAAAAGGAACAGCCUGAUAUGUUCAAGACCGCAAUCAGCAAAACAUUCCGGCAAGUGAUGGGAAAGAGGAAAGACGCCAACAAUAAGUUCCACCACAUAUUCGACGAAACAAUGGGAUGGGAUGUUGAAAAGUACUUCACAGUUGAAGAUGUGAUCGACUGGCUCGAAACUGGCUACGAGAGAGGAUACACUAACAACAUAGACCAAUUUGAACACUUUCUGAAGAGGUUCUUCAAACUUAACCCAGUUCCUCCUGAUGUCAUUAAAUCUAGAUUUCUGGACAAUCAGCAAAAUAUUCUGUACGAGGCAUGUUUCUGCGGAUCGGGAUCCGGAAUCGAACAUGCAAGCAAAACUCUGCAAACUCUGAUUGGAGUCUCGAAUUUGGAGUUGGUUGAAUUGGUUGUGAAGAGAAAUUACAUAAUAGAAGGAGGCGAGAGGAAGGAAUCGCUGCUGUCAUUGGUGACGAAAACGAACAAAGAUUUCAAGGCUAUCGACCAUCUGUUAGAUAUCUGCCUAGGUCUAAAAAGUGAUCGCUGGUGCGAUAUAGAACAAAGCAUCACAGAAGCAUUUCGGUGGCCAAUCAAGUUUAGAAGUUUCAGGUUCAUCAAAUGCAUGUUGGACCGAGACGAAGAAAAGUAUGCACUGUUUACAAAUGCACAAAUGCAAAAAAUAUUUACAAAUGCUCUGAAUGAGUUCGGAAUAGCAAUAAAAGAGGUAAGAAAGCUAACACAUGGAGGCAAUGAGGGGAGCGAGUAUUUGACAAAAUGGCUAGAUGAUAACCUUCUCAAACAGUUCCAAGAAAAAGAAGAAAACGAAAAAGGGUAGUCGGAUUGAAAGUAAAAAACGACGUGAAUUUAAUGACCAAUGAUCAAUAACUUAAGUAAGACAGAGUAAAAAGUGGCCAAAAUUAGAGACAAGAUUAAAAACUAAUCAUUAAAAGGAGAAAUUGAAUUGGAUAUUUUCCAGGAUUUCCAAAAGAUAUCUUGCUUUGUCUGGGUAAUUAAUUUUUUGUAGGAUCUUUAAGUUUUUUUGGACAAUGGAAAAAUCUUUGAAAUUUUUUUGCACUUAGUCAAGUCAUGUAGAAAAUUAGUUUGAAACCACAAUUGAACGCAUACGACGUUUUUUGGGCGAUGAACUUCUGAUAGCAAAACACACUCUAGUCCAAAUUUUGUACUCAGUCGUCAAUUGGUGGUCGCAGCAAUUACUGAUAAUAACAUCAAUCGCAGUUUUUUUCGUUGAAAUUAUAUUUCAAAACCUUUUUUUUGCCACAGUAUCUAGCACAUGGUAAUUUGGGGCUGAAAUAUCAAUUCAACGGGUAAAAGUAGUCUUGAAGCGCAUUUAAUUAACUAAGGCAUUAGACAUUUAUACAAGGGGUAUUUCCGACCACCCCAGUAACGACUGUGGAAGACAUAUGGCCUAAGCUGAGCUUUCAACGCAAUUUCGAACGCAUAAAAAUGUUAAUAAGAGAUCGGUUGUGCUAUCAAGCCCGUCCAGUUUUAAUUCAGUUUCCCAAAAAAUACGAAUGAUCUGCGAACUAAUUUGAAAUUAAAAAUUCUGUCCUAUACAAAACUUUUUGUAACAAAAAUUACACUUAUUUUGAAUGUAGCUUGUAUUUUAAAUAGUAAAUAUCGAGAAAUAUUGUAAAAUUAGUUUUAUGUGAACUUCUAAAAUUAUUAACUCAAACAACUUUUUUAGCUGCGCUUGCUAUAUCUGACAGAUAUUAAAACACUGACAUCAUGUGUUAAGGUUGUGACACGAUCGAGGUGCUCAAAUUUCUUAAAUGUUUUUCAUAAGAACAAGUUUUGAUUGUUCUGUGGUUGGAUAAUUGUGCUGAUUUUACAGCAAACUGCUCGUCUCAUUACUAACUGUCUCUA